AUGGUCGACACGCCGAGUAGCCUCGGAGGGCGUCACAGAUCUGACAGUUUAAGACUCACUCGCUGUACAGUGACCGACUGGCGUAGAAGAAGAAGCUUCCGUGUGCCGGGACUGGGAUCGAGACCUUGGGUCUCUUGGAUCCCUGUUGGGAUGUAUAUUGGGAUUGUGGGAAGGAGAAUUUGGUGCCGACUCCAUCCGCCGGAUCUCUCUGAGCUCCUGUCCGUCGCGGCUGCCGCUGGUGUGGUGCAUCUGGCUGAUCCAGAGACACCGGCACGGGUAAGGCUUCCUAGUGUCCGGGAUCCGUACGGAACGCUGUACAGGAUGGGUGGAACGGGUACAGGAUGGGUGGAACGGGAACAGGAGACGCUCAUCGUGCCACGCACCCUCUGGUUCUCAACAGGCGACAAAAAACAUCCGCUGGAGUAUGCGUUCACUGGCCAAGUAUGGGUGGUUUGUUUGGAUCGCAAGCUAAUAAGACACCCCACCGGCGUUGAUGGUGCCAGUGCCAAAGUUUACCAACAUAUCCUGGUUGUCAGAUGGCGACGUGUGCGGUGA